AAGAGAAGCAGGUCUUUCUCUCAAGUUUCUCCUGUACCGCGAAGUCUGCACCUCUCUGUUUCUCAAAAACCCCGACUUAAUUAUCAUUCAUAGUUGGCAGCAGAGCAGCAAUUAGGAAAGAGCUUUUCUUUAUUUGUCUGGCUUCUGAAGCAAAAACCCAGUACAAUAACGCAAAACUUGGAGAUUACGUGAGGUUUAAAGAUCGAUUAACUUAAUUAAUGUGUUUGUGAUAUCCUGGAGAUUAUGUAAAGAACCCAUGGAUUUGAUUAUAUGUGACUGUGACGUGAUUUGGAGUACGUUGCUUCUGUGAUCCGAAACAUUGUAUUUGCUAUUCACCAAGUCAUGGAAACCCAUUCCUUUCUGCAAUAUCUUUUAUCAGGUUAAUAGUAUUUGGCAGAACAAGUCUUCUUACUUAGGAGCAGCAGCUGUACAUAUUCCUAACUGGUUUAAGGCUUAGUGCAGCCAAUGUGAUCUUUACGUACACCUUGUUCUAUGUGCCAGAAACUUGCUCUAUUUUUGGGUGUGACAAUAACUGUCAUGUGCGAGUGACAUGCAUAAUAAAGACUGUUGAAAGGCAGAACAUAAUAAGAAAUACAGAAGCUCAAGAAAAGUGGAAUGAUGGAGGAGCAAGUAAGAUUACUAGAAGGGCCGUGGGGGGAUGUGAGGGAGCUAAGCCUAGGAAACAGAAUACAACGGCUAGACUCGGCUCCAACCCCACUCGAAUUCCUAAGAGACUAUGUAUCCCCUAACAAACCUUGCAUCAUCUCCAAUGCUAUCUCCCACUGGCCUGCUCUCAGCCUCUGGCCUAACCUUUCUUACCUUUCUUCCUUCCUUUCUGAUUCCAUUGUCUCCCUUCACCUUACCCCUGAUGGGCGCGCUGAUUCCCUUGUUCCCCUAGAAACCCCUAAAAAAGGAGAAACAUGCUUUGCCUCUGCUCACGUGGAGCAUGUUCCUUUCCCUUGCGCUCUAGAUCUUGUUCUGAAUUCUGAAACAAAAAAUGUGGUGGGAUACCUGCAGCAGCAGAAUGACUGUUUUCGGGAGGAAUACUCGGUGUUGGCUUCUGACUGUGAUGCGCACAUCCCGUGGGGUACUGAGGCACUGGGAGGCUGCCUUCCGGAGGCGGUGAAUCUGUGGAUUGGAAACCAUUCAUCUGAGACGUCAUUCCACAAGGACCAUUACGAGAAUCUGUAUGCUGUUGUUUCAGGGGAGAAGCAAUUCUUGCUACUUCCUCCUACAGACGUUCAUCGCAUGUACAUUCAAGAGUAUCCAGCUGCUCAAUAUUCUUAUUCCAGUGGCUCUGGAGAGUUCAGAUUGGAGUUGGAGAAGCCGCAGAGAUAUGUGCCUUGGUGCAGCGUGAAUCCUUACCCGCCUCCAGAGACUAAGGAGAAUGAGAUGUCCAAAUUUCCUUUGUAUUUCAAUGGUCCGAAGCCCUUUCAUUGUACUGUCAAGGCUGGAGAGAUUCUCUACCUGCCAAGUAUGUGGUUUCAUCAUGUUCGACAGAGUCCAGAUGACAAUGGACGCACCAUUGCCAUAAACUACUGCUAUGAUAUGCAGUUUGACAUCAAGUAUGCUUAUUUCAAUUUCCUGCAAUCAAUUCAUCAUGGGUCGACGUUGAUGAAUUAUGACGCAACCAAGUUCACCUUAAGUGAUGAAUUAUGUAUUGAUGCUAAUGAAUUGGAAGCAGAGGAAGCCAAUCAAGAAGAUACUAAAGACUAAUGAGCUUUGAUUUUUUAAUGUGGUGGUUGGUCUGGUUAUCCAAUUCAUUUGCGAACUCUUCAAGCAGAAUAUGCAAAGAAAAUCACAACAGAAGACAUUUGCACUGUCUCUGUCACAUCUUAACAUGGUCACAAUUGAUUCAUGCAACUUUGAUUCUUGUUGGCUGCU